AUGCGGAGAGAAGCUGCGAAUGCGGUGAGCCGCGCAUCUCUCUUUCUCGACACCCUCUCCAUGCAACACCUGCAACCAUGCUAUGGCCUUGUUGCCAGAGUGUCGUUGCUUAAGUCAAGCAGAACUUCAUCUCUGAAUUCUUGUCGUUGUUUCUCUAGUUCUCGAUGCCACCAUGAUCUCACACUCUUUACCCGCCGCCUCUUCAAGCUUCCCUCCGCGCCAGCUCCGCCCUCACAAAACCACAACAGCCUGAGCACCUUUCUCUCCUACGCCGAGCGCGUAUCUCUCCCAUCGACUAGCACUGUCUACGUCGGAACACACUAUGAAUACACUGUUCUUCAAAGUCUACGUAGGUACGCGCUCGCGCUGCACCGCAUUGGUGGUCGCGACGAUGCUGGAAUCGACCUGGUGGGCACCUGGCACCUGCCCGAGCGCCAACGGGAGCGUGCGCUACGCGUGCUGGUGCAAUGCAAGGCACUGAAGAACAAGCUCGGGCCCAAUCUGGUCCGCGAGCUCGAGGGGACGUUCCGCCAGGCGCCUGUCGGUUGGCGCACGGGCCAAACGGUAGGCAUGCUGGUGAGCCCGCGCGAGGCAACAAAGGGCGUACGAGACGCACUAGCACGGAGCCGCUAUCCUUUAUUCUGGAUGAUGGUUGAGCGAGAUGGAACACUGAAGCAGGCGCUUUGGAACGCUCGUGCUCAGGAGCUUGGGCUGGAUCUAUUGGGAGUGGAGACACGAUACGAAGCUGCGACAGUGUCCGCAGAUAAUGAGUCCGAGUCCCUAUCGAAAGAGGUUGCGUUGACCUGGGAUGGAUCGGAUAUCCCUGAUAUGAGUCAAGUGGAGCAGAUUUUGCUGCGAGCCGAGGAAGAAUGGGCAGCCUCUUGGAAAGUAGACCUGCCAGCAACGGAAAAAGGCAGCCUGCUGGAUGCCAUUGAGAAGACCUUCCACAAUGGACAGCCUGAACAGGCGUCAGAUGGAGCCAUGUCUGAGGCACACCGGACCAGAGUUCUGCAGGCGCUCCGAGAGCGGUGA